AAAAUUCUCAAUCAUAAUGUAGGUCGGUCAAGGGGAUGGUAGUACGGCAUGGAGAAUAUAGCCAAUGAUUCUGUAACAUUUUCCUAUGUUGACAGAUAGUAACCGCACUAGUACGGGUGAGGAUUUAGUAACAUGUUUAACUGUUGAACCAUUGUGUUGUGUACUUGAAACCAAUAUAAGUUUGUAUAUCAAUGAUAGUUCAAUGAAAAAAAGGAAAGAUGGCCUGGUCCUCUGGCCCUGGGGGGCCUUCAACCCUGGACAACAGCCCAGCCCCCUGAGGUCUGGGUAGAGGUCCUUCCCCCUGAGCCCUUUUCUGCAAAUUUCACAAUAGAAAAUAAUAAAAUACUCUGAAGCAAAUAUUUCAAAUGUUGUAAUUCUAGAGACCUGGGAGGCAUAUUUUCAGGUGUUUACUGUAAUAUCUCUAGUUUUCUACCUCACUAUAGAAUUCCAAAAUAUAAAUAUUCAAAAAUGGUAAGUAAUGCUAAUUAUAGGAAAGAUAGUGAAUCACUCAUAAAGUCAAUGCCCAAAGACACUGUUAACACUGGGUAUAUUUCCUCUAUGUUGAAAAAAGAGAAUUAUCGUAGUAAACUGAAUUUGAUGUUAUAAGCUUUUGAAGGGUGGGUGAUUUUUUUAAAGUUAAAAUCAGAUAGAUCAUUUUCCUUUUCUUCAGCUUUAGAGGAAAAGUGGAAAUUGCUCAAGUUAGUGUUAGACUUCAGGUGCCCAUUAACUUGCAAGUCAUGGCUGGAGUCACUAGAGGGCGCACUUCAAUCAAAGACCGUAGAAAGCUCUGACUAUAAAGUAUCCUAACAUUUUUUGAAAUCUAAGAAACAAAAAUUCAAAUAAAAGUCCAUACAUCUUUUAAGACACCAGGAUUGUAUCGUGGCUGCUCAUCACUUAAAAUAGUACAAUGGUGUCUGUUUUUGUAAAAAUGAUAAAUUAUUAUAAAAUAUUCAAAUAAUUGAGAAAAGUGAUAAGAAAUGGAAAAGAACUCCGCAAAUAACCAUCAUUAGCACUACGUGAACAUCUCAGACACUAUGUGAAUUUGUACAUUUGUAGCUAUUUUACAAGAUCUGGUUUUCUUGUAAUUUAGGCACACCACCACAGCUGCACAAGACGCAAUGCUGAUCUCUGUCAGGCCAACAAUCAGAUUUUUAAUAUUCCUCUGUUGGCAUUGGAGUAUCAUUAGAAUGAGCUUCCAAACGAACUCAACCAUUCGCAAGGUUAAAGGUUCGAGAAGACGACGAAGAGAAAGCUCUUCCCUUACAGAUGAAGAAGAGGAUUCAGGACGAAAGACACUUAAGUUUCUGGAAGAAGAGGAAAACUCAGCAAAAUUCGGAUUAGAUACACAACACCCUGAAGAAAUGGAUGUCAGCAGAUCUGAGGAGGAGUUCCGUGCUGUAAACCAUGCAGAGAAAACUCUCCAUAAAAUAGAGGACUACUGGAAAGAGAAAAGACUGUGUGAUGUGAUACUCGUUGCUGGAAACAUGCGAAUCCCAGCCCAUCGGUUGGUUCUCAGUGCUAUGUCAGAUUAUUUUGCUGUGAUGUUUACUACCAACAUGUGUGAAGCCACACAAGAAGAGGUCAAGAUGGAAGGAAUUGAUCCUAAUGCACUUAACUCCUUGGUUCAGUAUGCUUACACAGGUGUUCUGCAAUUGACAGAAGAUACUACCGAACAUUUGCUGGGUGCAGCUUGUCUUCUGCAGCUGACUCAAGUCAUUGAAGUCUGCUCCAAUUUUCUUAUGAAGCAGCUCCAUCCUUCAAACUGCUUAGGGAUUCUGUCAUUUGGUGAUGCCUGUGGCUGCACAGAGCUCCUGAGAGUGGCAUAUAAGUACACAAUGGAACACUUCACCGAGGUAGUAAAGAACGAAGAAUUCCUCCUGCUUCCAGCUAAUGAGCUUUGCAGUCUUCUGCAGAGUGAUGAUGUUAAUGUGCCUGAUGAAGAUACCAUUUUCAAUGCUGUCAUGCAGUGGGUGGAUUAUGAUGUGCAGGCGAGGCAGCAAGACCUGGCAAUGCUGCUUUCUUACAUAAGACUGCCCUUGCUUCCACCACAGUUACUGGUGGAUCUUGAAGUCAGACCCGUGUUCACUGCUGAUCUAGAAUGCCAAAAACUCCUGAUAGAAGCUAUGAAGUAUCAUCUCUUACCUGAAAGAAGACACAUGCUGCAAAGCCCUCGGACCAAGCCUAGAAAAUCUACUGUGGGGGCGCUUUAUGCUGUGGGAGGCAUGGAUGCUAAGAGAGGUACCCCUACAGUUGAAAAAUAUGACAUCAGGACCAAUAGCUGGCAACAUUGUAGCACCAUGAGUAACCUUAGGGUUCAGUUUGGGGUUGCAGUUAUUGACAAUAAGCUCUAUGUCCUCGGAGGAGGAAAUGAUUUUAAAACUUUAAAUAUUGUGGAAUGUUUUGAUCCAGCUACCAAAAUCUGGACUGCCAUGCCUCCCAUGUCAACAGCGAGAUAUGCCUUAGGUGUAGCAACACUUGAAGGACCAAUGUAUGCUGUUGGUGGUCAUGAUGGGUCGAAUAUUCUAAACUCUGUAGAAAGAUGGGACCCUGAGGAACGUGAAUGGACUUAUGUGGCCAGUAUGUCAAGCCCUAGAAGCAGAGUUAGCGUUGUUGCAUUAAAUGGCAAGAUAUAUGCUAUUGGUGGAUGUGAUGGACGUUCCUGUCUAAAAUCGAUGGAGUGCUUUAACCCAUACACUGACAGAUGGAGUCCAUGCGCUUCUAUGUCUAAUAGAUGUGGAGAUGUGGGAGCUGCAGCACACAAUGGGUUGUUAUAUGUUAUUGGGGGUCAUGAGUCCUCUCCUUCUACCCAAUACACCGGCUUUUCUAACCGUGUGGAAUGGUAUGAUCCAAAAACUGAUUCGUGGUCAGCUUUGGCGCCUCUGAGUGUUCCUCGAGAAGCUGUUGCUUUAUGCCCCCUUGGAGACAGGCUCUAUGUGGUUGGAGGAUAUGAUGGACAAAGUUAUUUGAAUACUGUUGAGUCAUAUGAUGCCCAGACAGAUGAAUGGAGAGAGGAAGCUCCUCUCAACAUUGGAAGAGCGAGUUCAUGUGUGGCGAUGGUGAAGCUACCAUAACGGCCUCUUUGUCAAAGGGAAAGAAAGUGGAUACUUUCAAGCAAUAAAGGAGGAAGAAGAGAAGAAUGUUCUUUCCUUCAUACAGUAAUCAAAGAUGAAAAUUCUUGUUAUUUUAAUAUGUAGUUAUAAUUGCUCUUGUUUGUGAAGCCAGAACAAGUUUUCAAGAAUAAAUUACAUA